AUGGCAUCACGAAUCCUUACCCCAACUCUCCGCAGUACCCGCGCCAUCUCUACAUCCACCCCUUCCCUGGCCCUCCGCAGCUUCCACAGCUCCCCCGCAAGACUGGCAGAUGUCGCAACACCACUACCUGUCCGGAAACCAUACGGUGCUUUCCGUGGAGGCUUAAUGGGCUUCCUUCUAGGAAGCACGCUCGCAGGCGCGGGUGUCUACUAUUAUGUCUUGGAGGAGUAUAAGGUGUCGAAUGAGCUCUUGACAGAGGAUAUCUAUACCCUACAAUCGUCCGUUCAGCGCGUGCAUUCGUACGUGCAGAGCUUGGAGGAGAAGCUCGCUGAGUUGGAGAGGAAGAAGAAAUGA